GGUGCAACAUGUCUCGCGGAAACACCCAAAAGGAGAAGGAAAGCAAUAAGCUGCCAAUCUUGUCACGCACCUACACAAUCAUCUCCCCGGAGCAGGUUGCUUCUGGCGCCAAGUCUACGUGGACUAGAAUGGAGAUAACAGGAGGCAUCCGGAAUUUGGCUCUAACGGUGUGCGACAUGACGUUUCUAACAGCGCUGCUCAUCAACGAGAACCAACUCAUGCGCUUACCUCCUGCCAUCGGCAACCUGGUCAACCUCAAGCAGCUGGACGCCUCUCACAACUGUCUUGUCGUCCUGCCGCCUCAGAUCGGCGACCUCACUAACCUAGAGGAGUUGUUACUAUGCAACAACCAGCUACACACUCUGCCCUACGAGCUUGGCAAGCUUUUUAACUUACAAGAGAUCGAUCUGAAGAACAAUCCCUUGAGUCCUGACAUCAUAAAGAUCUACAGCCCAGAGUCCACAGGCGUCCAGAAGCUUCUUACGUACAUGCUUAACAACCUAAUAG